AUGAUGGAGCUUGUGCAGCUCCUACAGGGCAGUCUCUCCCCCGUCACGGACAUCCGUGCGCAGAGCGAAGCGCGUCUGAUGGAGCUCCUGCGUGUUCCGGGCUUUGCCUUGCAGCUGGUCGAGUUUUUCUGCUCCGUGGAAGCGUCUGAGACCCAGCGGCACUUGGCUGCGCUUCUGCUCAAGCAGCUCGUGACUUCCUAUUGGACAAUAAUCGAAGAGGAGACAAGGGACGGCACCUAUGUGGUGGCUGAGGCUGAGAAGACGCAGGUGAAACACGCGCUGGUGCUGGCGCUGCAGCAGCGACUGGAGCUCUUUGGACCGAGCAAGCUCCAGACAGCACUGUGUCUCCUCCUGGUCUCUAUUUUUGAGCGCGACUGGCCGGACCAAUGGACUGAGAUCUUGCCAGCCAUUAUGACCAUGAUCUCGGGUCAGCAAGUGCUGCCAAUUGACGUGGCGGUGCGGUUUUUGUCGCUAGCAGGUGGUCACUUUUCCAGUGACAAUUGCUGCGAACUUGUAACGUCGGUGUUCCCGCAUUUACAGCGUCUUUUUGUGCUCAGAAAUGAGUUUUCGAGUGGAACUAGGACGAGAAUUGCACGGAUCGUGCAGAGCAGUUUGCUCAUGGUAGGCAUGGAGGCACAGGUGGGCAAUAAUACGGCAAAGAAGCUGCUGCAUGAAAACACGACGCAGUGGAUUGCGUUGUUUCUAGAGGAGCUAGCAAGACCAGUGCAGAGUGUCAAGGAGUACUCGAUGAAGAUCCAGAUUUUGACGUCGCUGGCGAGUUUUGUGCGAGAAUGGCCCAAGGAGAUGACGGACUUGAUACCGCAGAUCAUGCCGCAGAUUUAUGGAUUGAUGCUACAUGAUGCGGAAGCGUAUGAUCGAGAUGUGGUGUUGAGUGCCUCGGGGGAAGAUGAAGAUUACGACAGUGAUGGAGAGGGUGCACUGAUUGGCAGGAGUGCUGUGAUCGUUGCUGUUUUUGAGUUCGUGCGUGGUGCAGUCCAGGCCCCAACAAAAAAAACACGGCACUUGAUUGUGGCUGGACUGGCCGACUUUGUGUUUGUGAUGAUUGGAUACAUGCAGAUCACGGUGAGCCAGAUGGAGUCGUGGCAAGAGGAUCCGAACAAGUACGUUGCAGACGAGGAUGACGAAAGCCUGGCAUUCAAUGUGCGUAAUGCUGCAACUGAUCUCCUGACGGAGCUCGAGGCUGUGCUGGGACGGAAGGCGGUAGUAGCUGCAUUAGAUGCUGCUCAACGGCGCUUGAAGGCCGAAAACACAAACAACUGGCGUCUUCAGGAAGCAGCAUUGCUAGUUGUAGGAUGUUUGGCCACGUCGACGCUUGAUGCUGUUCGUAGGAAUGCUACCGACAUUACGCAGCUGCUGGAUCUUUCAGCUUUCUUGCAGACGUUAUUUAAGGUGAUGAACGCAGGAAGCCAAGAGAUUUAUUUGCGAGCCAGAGCACUCUGGUGUGCGAGCCGCCUUGCAAAGGGCAUGAACCAAGAGAUGUUGGACGCUUUCUUUCAGGUGGCAAUAUCGGGACUCGAGCAAGGCCAGGUCUUGCCUGUCCGGAUGUACGCCUGUCGUGCCAUUGGCGCUAUUAUUCGCAAUGACGUGGGCAAGGCUCGGCUUCAGGAGGCAACCCUUGCCGUCGUCGACCGGCUGACGAGCCUGGCAGAGCAAUCUACCCAUGAGACACUCCAUAUUUCCCUCGAGACGCUGGUCGUUGUUCUUCAAGAGUCGGACGGCUUAGCUCUUGAAUCGGCGCAGUGUGUUGUUUCAUGCUUCUUGCGUCAUUGGACUCAGCAUUUGAACGAUCCGAUGAUUUCGGAACUGACUGAUGGUGCUUUUGGAGCGCUUCUCCAGCUCGACAACACUGCUGUGACGGAAAAGGUUCAUGAGCAAGUUUUGCCUGUCAUGCGCUCUAUGCUUGUCCAAAGUGUUGCAGACUUGGAAGGGGCUGGCAACGGUAUCUACACAGCUGGUAGUGCACUGACCAUUCUGAGGACACUGCUUCGUCAUUCUUUUGCUUCGACCGGCACUAUGGCGGCAAGUAGUGCCGAUCGAGCAACUCAGCAACUCGCAGCUCAGGUUGUUCAGCAGGCGUUUGAGCCACUUGUCGUGGUGUUGGGCGCUAUUGAAGAUGAAAAAGUGCUCAAUUCUGGCUCCGAAUGCUUGAAGUGGCUCGUGAUGUUUGCUGUGGAUCCUUUGAUGGCGUACGCUACUGCUGCUGGUAGUAACGGCAUUGACACAAUAUUGUCGGUAUCAGCAAAGUUGCUGUCACCGGCUGUCUCUGAUAUGAGUGCCACCUGCGUCGGUGGUCUGAUUACUCAGAUCUUAUUGAAGCUGGGUCCGAGUCUGCCCACUGCGACCGUGCAGUCAAUCCUCAGUGCUGUUUGCGCCCGACUGGCGGCAACAGAAUUACCGUCGCUGGUUCAGUCUUUGUGCAUGGUGUUCGCUCGCCUUGUUCACUCUCACGGCUCUGAACUCCUGAACGUUCUGGAGCAGUUGCCGCCUCCAGCUGCCCUAGCAGGUCAAGCUCAGGCUCCGAACAUGCUGACGUUUGUGUUCCAAACCUGGAUUGAGAAGCAGCAGGAUUUCUACGGACUUUACUGCAUUAAGGUGACUAUGAGUGCGCUGUUCAAGGUCGUCUCGUGGAAUGACCCUCGCAUAAAUUCCAUUACUGUCGAAGGAAGCGCGGUCGAUUCGGCAAGGACAGGAGCCAGUGGUAUCCAGACGCGGUCGAAGGCCAAAAGUCCUUCUGUAUCCGAUGAGACACAGCAAAUCACGGUACACUUCUUAUCAAAGUUCGUCGUCAUUCUUGCGAAGACCAUGUCGAAUUUGGCUGAGGAGGAAGAGGAGUGGGAGUCCUCGAAUGACGAGUCGUCUGAUGGCGAAGAUGAUGUUGAUGACGAGGCUGUUUCCAGUGCUGCAACAGCAUCUUCAGUGUUUGCACCUGCAGAGAAUUACAAACUUCUCUCUGAAUGCUUGACUGCCGAUGGCGCUGUAGGCAUGUGUGAAGGCGAGGAGCCGGAGGAAGAAUUUGAGGCGAACUUUGAUCCGUUGGACGAGCUGGACCUGAAGGACGCGAUCCCUCGGGCGUUGCACAAUGUUACGGCCAACCCCGACUUGCUUCAGGCAAUCCUACCGGAACUGACACUUGCAGACAAGGAAGCGCUAGCUGCCGUGUCGGCGCUUUCGACUUAG